AUGUCAAUCCCUCCUCCCGGUCUGGGAGGCGGGGUCAGUAGGACCGGUCCACCACCGGGUUUCGGAGGUGGGAAUGUCGGUGUGGUAACGCAUUCACCGGCAAGCGAUGCCAGUGGGAAUAUAUCAAAUGCAAAUGGUAGCGCUGGAGGAGGUGGGGGAAGAAGAGAUGGACAAGGUGGUCCAGCAGCUAUCAUCAGAGCUCAAAUCUCAUUCUUGUUAACGACGUUUACAGAAGAUACGUUUGAUAAAAUGUCUAAUGAGAUCAGAACCCUUGCAUCGUCCAAUGGACCUGAAAUGUAUCAUCACUUUCUCAGACGAGCAGCAGUCGUGGCCAACCCAAUCAUCCAAACACUCAUACAGCAUUCUCAACAAUAUAAAGAUGAUCCAGCGGCUCCUCCUCCUCAACUCCCUACAUCAGGUCAAGCGGCUCUCGUUUGGCGUCUUCUUGUCACUGAAGCUAUAAGAGCAGCUAGAGACGUUCAACUCGCACCUCAUUUCUCAUUCAUCAUGUUGUCCCCAGCGCAAUCACCUCUUCCUCUUCCUUCCCUUAGAUUGUUCAACCUACCACCAGCACUACUAUUCUCUCUCUCUGCAUACACACUCGCAUCGCCCCAUGUAUUCCCUCCCUCUCAUGCAUCGUUCCCGGUAUUUCAUGCUAUACUAUCACAAACAUUCCAACCUACGAUGGAAUUGCUCCGAUCUCCCGGUGUCCCUUUUUGGACCAUCACAUCUAUCCCGGGAAGAGAACCAUACUCCGAAGAAUCAACCCAUGAUUUGACAUUACAAGAAGCGAGAACUCUGAUUUUAGCAUUAUUCCCUCGUUCCCAAUCAUCCUCAGGCGGAAAUCCGACAUCUCGACCCGCUACCCCUACAAAUCCCACUUCACCUCAUUCUUCUCCGCUCAAUUCGAUGCAACGUCAGACUCUUCUUGGAUCGCUUACAGUGAAAUUUUCUUCUCCCGCUAUCAUACUUCAAACUCUUUCAGCUUUGUCUCCAGGUGGACCACCAAGAACUCAAGGAUCCAUUCCCUUGGAAGACAUGUUGUUCGAGCUAGGCGAGAAUCUUACUCAGGACGAGGGAACUGUAGAAGCUGUCGUAGGAAGGUGGUGGGGUCCUUACCUAUUGGAGGGAAUAUCACCUGAAGAGCAACAAAAUCAAAUCACGGAGGAGACAUGUCAGGUAAUUCAUGGUUUAUGUGAGGGUCUAAGGAUGGGUCGUUUAGUGGAUCCACAUGGAGUCAUUAGAGGAAUGUCAGCAAUCCCAUUCAUAUCUUGGCCUGAUGUAGUCCGCUCGUUUGAUUCUCCCCUCACCAUCGCCGCAUAUCAAACAUCUAUUUCUCUUAUCGUCAACCUGAUACAACUCCCACCUCAAACACCUAUACCACCUCUCGCUGGACUUUUGCCCGCUUCCCUCAACGCUCCGACGUGGGAGAAUAUGUCAUCUCUCCUUUCAGUCCUGUCUCUUUUAACGAUUCUCCCUCCUGACGCUAUGCCUAUAUUCACAAUGGCAACCGCGCCUUCCCCUUCAUCUUACGCUCGUAUCGUUGAUCCUCCUUCGUCCGACUCACAGUGGAGCAAGGUAGCUAGACAGCAAGCAAACGACCUUCAAGGUGCUGGUCUCUGGAACACAUUAGGGUUAAUACAAGUCCUCGUCAACGCUUGUGGCCUUGCAGAGACUGAUCAUCCAUCGGAGAGAGAAAGGGAAGAAAGAGCAGACAUAGGACGAAGGGCAACUGAUAUGUUGGAAAGUGCAGCUAAAUUGGCUCCGGAAUUAGUCUUGCUUGCUUUGGAAAAACUUCCUGUGAGUCUCACUCUGUUUGACACAGCUGACAAGCAGAAACCUCUCCCGCCCUCCGUUGCCAACAUGCACACUCGUCUGCUUGCAGUCUACUUGUCAUCAGCUCCAACUGCGAUCACUUCCUCGGCUCUUGUGUUCCACCAGAUGUGGCAAACGAGCCCUGAAGGACUACUUUCAGUGUUAUUGGAGUUCUACAGUGAGGACGAGAACAACUUGGGACGUAUUGUUGAAAUCGCUACGGAGCUCAAGGUUCUUGACAUUCUACUUGCAUCCGAAAACCUUCACUUCACGCUUGACGUAGCUGCUCUCGCUUCCAACAAGGAGCUCUUGAAUCUGGAGAAAUGGCUCGCAGACGGUAUCGAAGUCAAAGGUGGAGAAUUUCUAGAAGCCAUUUUUGAUUUCGUGGAGCACAAGAUCAGACUGGAAAUUGAUCAUCAACAUGUCCCAGAGUCUGCUCCUCCCCUCCUAUUCACCCUUGGCACCAACGUUUACUCCAUCUUCAUACGUGUGGUCCGUAAUGCGUCUGAUCUUUCUCGUGAGGAUGUUGCUCGAUUUAAACACCUCCGUACGGAUAUUCUCAUUUUACAUCCUCGUCUUCUCAAUCUCCUACCUGGCAGCAAAGCAGAACAAGGUUUCACCGAGGCCAAAUUUCCCAAAGAAAUCGUGGACAAGGUGGAUGAAAUGUACCAGCAAAUGUACAGCGGUCAACUCAAAUUGGAUGAUGUAAUUGAGGAGCUCAAACGAUGUCAAAAAUCCGAUGACCCAAUGGAUCGAGAUACUUUUGCUCAUGCCCUCCACUCACUUUUCGACGAAUACAAGUUUGUUAAAUCAUAUCCGGCAAAGGAACUUACCAUGACUGGUCUUUUGUUUGGUGCGAUUAUCGAUUACCGUCUUGUCAAAGAUACCUCGGCUUUCGUGGCCACUCGAUACGUGCUCGACGCUUGCAAGACUCCCCCUCAAGAAGCCUUAUAUCAAUUUGGUAUCAAUGCACUGAGCAUCUUGCGAAACUCACUGGUCGACUUUCCUGGUCUUUGUCGAUCUUUACUUGAAAUUCCUGCCCUUCACGAAUCACAUCCUGUACUCAUCAAUGAUAUACACCAGGCGUUGAUCGAAAGAGAAGAACUUGAUAUGCAAGGGGGCGUCAAACUCGCUUUCCCUGCUCUUCGAUUACCGAUUUUGAUCGAAGAAGGUGAUGACGAGUUUAGAGAACCUGAACCAAAAAAGAAGGAUGCUUUCAUGUUCAUCAUCAAUCAAAUCGCUCCCAGUAACUACGAGUCCAAAGCGCAAGAGCUUACUCAUCUUUUCGAAAAUCAAUACUCCCGAUGGUUCGCUCAUUACUUUAUCGAUGUGCGGGUCAGUCUCGAAAUGAACCGGCAUGACAUCUACAUGCAGAUUAUCGACGCUCUUAGAUCGCCUGUCUUCGAGAAACAUGUUCUUUGGGAAACAUACCGAAAGGCCAGAGAUUUGCUCAACUCCGAAGCAACAAUGAACUCUGCUUCUGAAAGGACAACACUCAAAACAGUCGCAAGCUGGUUAGGUAAGAUCACUCUGGCAAGGAACAAACCCAUCAAAUUGCGCGAACUGUCACUCAAGGACCUUUUGAUACAAGGAUUCGACACCAAACGACUCAUUGUAGCUAUUCCCUUUGUCUGUAACCUCAUUCUUUCUUGCAAAGACUCGGUUGUCUUCCACACGCCAAACCCUUGGCUCAUGGCUAUCCUCCGAUUACUUGCGGAAUUCUACCACUUCGCAGAAUUGCGUCUCAAUCUCAAAUUCGAGAUUGAAGUCCUCUUCAGUAAACUGGGAGUUGAAUUAGAAUCGAUCGAACCUUCCAACCAGCUUCGAUUGCACGUACCUCCUCCACCACCUCAAGAAGAACUACCCAACCGACUAGAUCUCGAACUUCAACGGGCUACAAGCGAUAUUAUGAAUGGUGGUCAACGAUUUGCAGAACUUCCAGGUAACGAAAACUACGCUCGAAUUCAGCAAAUACAGACUGAACAAGCCGCUCAAGCUGCCCAAGAUGCGAUGACCCGACGAGUCGAUGAGCUCAUCGCUCAAUUGCCUCAAUACCUCAUUUUCAACCAGGACUACCCAAUUUUCACCGCUCCUACUCUCAAGCGAAUUGUUCAUCAUUCCAUCGACCGGGCUAUCAGGGAAAUCAUUGGUCCUGUCAUCGAACGAUCCGUCACUAUAGCAGGUAUCUCUUCCCGUGAUCUCAUUCAAAAGGACUUCGGUAUGGAAGGGGAUGCGGUCAAGAUGCGAUCCGCUGCUCACAUGAUGGUGCAAAACCUGGCGGGCAGUCUCGCUCUUGUCACUUGCAAGGAGCCCCUCCGAACUAGUAUGAUUGGCAAUAUCAAGCAGAUGCUGGAACAGAAUGGUUAUACCGAGGAUUCUAUGCCUGAUGCGAUGAUCGCGGGAGUUGUCAACCAGAAUUUGGAUGUCGCUUGUUCGGUACUCAAAAAGGCUGCUCAAGAGAAAGCUGCCAAAGACAUUGAUGUCAAUCUCGCACCUCAGUAUGCCGCUCGAAAAGCCCAUCAGAAUUCACGAUCUCCAACUCCGUUUUGGGAUGGUGCAUCUUUCGGUUUCACUCUUUCUCACAACGCUCUUCCUGAUCCACUCAGACUUCGACCAGGUGGUCUCACUCCUCAACAGUUCAGAGUAUAUGAAGAUUUCGGUGAACCUACAAGAAUGAUCAGUCACCCUACUCCACCAACCAAUGGUGACUACCUCGUAUCCCAGUAUAGAGAUCUUAACCUGCAUGACGGACUUGUGCCUUCGGAGAUCAAACGUGGGCCUUCUCCUCGAGGUGCAUUCAACAACCAAAAUAUCAUGGAACCUCCUGAAUCUGUUGCUUCGCCUCAACCUAUUCCACCUCAAACAAGCGUUGAUAAGUUUCAUGAGCUCGCUGCGGAGAUUGAAAAAUUACUGGCUCAAGCUCCUGUAACCAACAUUUCUGCCCUUCCUGCCGAUCAUGAGAUUAGAGCUCUCAUUAGAGGAGUAGUCAUUGUCGCCAACCAGUCCGUGCAUAGAGAUUCCACCACUCUUACUAUUGGCCAAAAAGUUGUACAAUUACUUUACAGAUCGACAGCUCAACUGGCUAGAGAAGUUUACGUCUACCUCCUUCAACAGCUUUGCGAUCUUUCGCCCAAGGUCAGUAGGGAGGUGAAACAAUGGUUGGUCUAUGCCGAGGAUCCACGGAAAUUCAACGUUCCAGUCACCGUCACCCUCAUUCGAGCUCAAUCUAUCAGCGUACACGAACUCGAUGCUGCUUUGGCACAAGUCAUUGUUCGAGCAUACACUCCCGAAGUCAUCGAUUUUGUUGCUCAACUCAUCAGGGAAUGUUCUAUCUCUGACAACGCAUUUAUCCCAAGGAACGGGUUCGCCAACAGUUUGGCUGCUCUACUCAAAGCGCAGGAAAUUGGUCGAGUCACUCCUGCGGCCGAUGCUCUUCUCGAUGAGCUACGUGGUGGAUCUGUCAGAUCUCCCGCUGUUCCUACUCCCGACGCCAAGCCAUCUAUUGAUACUAAGCUUCAAGAGAGACUCUCGCACUACUUCCUUGAGUGGGUACGGGUUUUCAGCACUAGCAAGAAUCCAGAAGUCGCCUUUGUACCAUACAUCACUUAUCUCCAAAAGGAAGGUAUUCUCAACGGUGAAGACGUUUCUUCUGCGUUUUACAGAACAGCUAUCAACACAGCUGUUGAUCUAGAUACUGCCAAGCUCCAACAAGGCCUUUUCUACGGUACAGAUGCUUUAGCUAAACUCAUCGUUUUGAUCGUCAAGAAUUACGGUGACAAGAGUGGAACUAGUAGUGUCUCAAGAACUGUAUACUACUAUAACAAGAUAAUCACUAUCAUGUCAUACUCGCUCGUUCAGAAACAACUGGAAUUGGGAGAUGCGUUCAAUCAACGACCUUGGGCAAGAUUUUUCACUAGCAUGUUGAGCGAACUCCAAUCUGUUGAGUACGCUUUACCCGAGAUUUACCUUGGAUGUUUGAAACAUUUCGCCAAUAACCUUGGAAUCACUCAACCCACCUAUGCACCCCGAUUCGCCUUUGGAUGGAUCUCAAUUGUAUCUCAUCGAUUGUUCAUGCCCAAAUUACUUCAAACUGCACGAGAUGAUGGAUGGCCGGAGUAUCAUCGAUGUGUGAUGUGGUUACUAAGAUUCUUAUCUCCAUUUUUACAAUCUGGCGAAAUGACCCCUUCAUCAAGGUCGAUCUUCAAGGCUACGAUCAAGUUGCUCGUCAUCUUGAUGCACGAUUUCCCUGAAUUCCUUGUCGAGUUCUAUCACACGUUGUCAACUGCCAUCCCACCUCAUUGUGUCCAGAUGAGAAAUAUAAUACUAGCAGCUUUCCCUCAAAACGAAGGUCCUCUGCCUGACCCAUACAAAAGGCUGGAUCAACUCGUUCCAGAAAUGCAAAGAUUCCCAACUGUUCGAUCGGAUUACAUCGGCGCUUUAACAGAUGGUAACCUUAAAGGAGCGAUAGAUCAAUUCGUACGAACUGGUGUACCAGCUUUACCUGCUAUAGUAGCUGAACUCAAGAAUAGAAUAGCAGUCAAAUCGAUUGGCCAAGAUGGAAAUACCACUGUCACUUGGAAUCAUACAUUACUUCACGCCGCUGUGUUUUAUCUGGGUACAACUGCUGUUGCAAGAAGAUUCUCUCAGACUGGGGUAGUCGACUUUGAUGCCAAAGCACCUGAAGUGGGAGUUCUGACCGGUCUAUCACAUGCUUUCGAUGCUGAAGGACAAUACUAUAUCCUCAGCGUCAUUGCAGAUCAGUUGAGAUACCCUUCAGCACACACAUCUUUCUUCAUCCAUUUCAUCUUGUUCCUCUUUGGAACGUCAGCAAGACAGGAGCCACCUUCCGUCAUUCCUGAAAGGAUUGCAAGGGUACUUCUCGAGAGAACUCUCGUACAAAGACCCCACCCUUGGGGAUUGUUGGUCACCUUUAUCGAAUUGCUCGACAAUGAUGCAUAUGGAUUUUGGAAACAACCUUUCGUCAGAGCUGAGGAAGAAGUGUAUCGACUUUUCGGUCAAGUCAGGGGUAGUGUAGUUGCCAGAAGGGAGUUGCAAGCUUGA